UCCAGCAAGGACAUCUGAAGACGACACGUGUUAAUCACAGCUCACGGUUUCCUCCUCCUCGUCCUUCCUAUUUCCUGUCCGAAGUUUUUGACCAGGUCCACUGCGUCCUUUACAUCCGCCACAACUCUUGACACUCAGAUAAUCACUUUCAAAAACCCUAAUCACGUAUAAAAAUUCAAAACCCUUCUUUCCUCUACAAUGCAAAAAAUAGAAACUAAAAAAUCUCCUCCAUUUUAUACCCUCUCCAACAAACAUUGCUCCUAAUCUCCUAACACCGCCAAAAUUAUAGAAAACCUCCACCUAUGAUUCCCAGGAUUUGAUGAAAGAUCAAAAUCCAAAUCCAAGAAUCCCUAAUUUUAGCUUAUCUUGAUUCCAAUUUGAAGGAACUAUACUAGGGUUCAAUGGAACAAAACCACAUCGAAUCAAAUUCCUACAAAUAUCUAAUAACAAACAAAUCAUCUUCAUGGCUCGAAAUCCGAUUAUUCUACGUAAGAGUAACUCCUUGCGUUAUCGAAAGCGUACCCGACCACCUGACCAUCCGCCAUCUCCGUCGUUCAAUCAGCACUCCACUGGAAAUAAACGGCUCUAAAAUCCCCUCCUCUGAUUCCGCCUCCUUAACCCUCCGUCGCGACCGCCUCAACAAGGAAUCAUCGGAGGUUACGUAUGUUAGCACGGACAGCGUGCGCGUCACCCGCGGGGUUGAAUUUGAAAUAUUAGAUAACAAGGACAUGGUUUUGUGUGGGUCGUUGGAGAGGAUCGAAACGACAUCGUGGGGGAAUAAUGGGGGUGUAGGGGGGUUGGAGAAUGAUGCGAAGACAGGGUGGAGUUUAGAAUGCUGUGUGGCGGCUGGUGUUUUUGAAGGGAAUUCGGUGUUUAAAUUGGGGGUUUCGGCGCCGGUGAUCGAGGUCUAUAUUGCUGGUUGCUGUGGAGGUGUGCCGGUGAUUUUGACGAAGACCAUUUUGGUUGGUCCCAUGAAGAAACCGUCCAGGUAUGCGAUGCUCGAUGCGAUUCCAGAGGAUGAGGAGUUGGAUAAUAGGAAGCAAAGCGGUGUUAUUAGUAAUGGGUUGGUUAGACAACGCAAAGUUCGGAUUACUGAAGCUGAAGAUGAUGAUGGCUAUGAAUCAGAUGAGAAAAUUGGAAGCCAAUACUACUCAGAAGACAUGUAUUAUGGUGAGGAUGGACAACUCUCGUGGUUUAAUGCUGGUGUGAGAGUUGGUGUUGGAAUUGGCCUUGGGAUGUGUCUUGGUGCUGGCAUUGGUGUUGGACUGCUCAUGCGUUCAUAUCAAGCAACUUCGAGGAAUUUUAGGAGGAGGUUUUUAGGAACCGGAUAUUUUCUGUCUACUAGCUUGUCACCGUGGAUGAACAGAAACAGCUGGAAAUAUUUCAGAAUGUCGAAUUACAUCUGUAAUAUUGUUCAAUAUACGAAGUUGAAGGAGAUGGGAACAUAUAAGGCAGGCGUGAUCUGUUAAGUGUGCUUAUAAGAUCAUGACUUGUGGUGGUCCAAAUGGAAGUCGGAUAUAAUGCAAAUUUGCUUAAAUAUUUGAACUAGCAGAGCUUGGGAGUAGACUCUGGAGGAAAUGACGGCCUUGAUCUUCCGAUGAACCUGCAAGAGAUAUACAGGCCUGCAUGGGUUCCUGGUGGUGCGAGUGUGCCUCUAUAAAAAUGCAUGUAGUUUUCUGGGUCCUGUAGUGUAUUUGUGUAGCUCUCUCUCUAAUGUAAGUGUAACAGGUUUAUUUUCUCGUCUCAAACUCAAACUACUGCUUCUCAUUUUUGCAUUUAAUUAAUUUGUUUCAAGCUGUUUGUUGCACUUCUGAAAUAAUGGGGAAGUCCUUUGAGACAUAUCAUAUCGGAGUGCUGUUAUUUCUGUGA